GCGAGCCGAGCGAGUUGAACAUGGCGGAAGCUCCGGUUGAGGAGAGCGUGAGCCCGAUGCUGUUACCAGGCAGCACCGGCUCGGUAGCAACGGGCCUCCUCAGUCAGCUGCAGGCCACCUCCUGGGACCCGACCCUCAGCGCCGACUGGGACAACGAGAAGCCCUCUCAGCCUUGCUUGCUCCGGAUUAAAAGGGAUAUCAUGUCCAUUUACAAAGAGCCACCUCCAGGGAUGUUUGUGGUCCCAGACCCUCAGGAUAUGACUAAGAUCCAUGCACUAAUUACAGGACCUUUCGACACACCUUACGAAGGAGGUUUUUUUCUUUUCCUCUUUCGCUGCCCUCCCGACUAUCCCAUCCACCCACCGAGAGUCAAACUUAUGACGACUGGGAGUAACACUGUCCGCUUUAACCCAAACUUUUACAGAAAUGGCAAAGUGUGCCUCAGCAUACUUGGCACCUGGACAGGUCCUGCUUGGAGUCCAGCCCAGAGCAUCUCCUCAGUACUCAUAUCCAUCCAGUCCCUCAUGACGGAGAAUCCGUAUCACAAUGAGCCAGGAUUUGAGCAGGAGAGACAUCCGGGAGACAGCAAAAACUAUAAUGAAUGCAUACGGCAUGAAUCUCUCAGAGUUGCUGUUUGUGAUAUGUUAGAUGGCAAGUGUCCCUGCCCAGAAGCACUGAGAAGCGUGAUGGAGAAAUCUUUCAUGGAGUUCUACGAUUUCUAUGAACUGUCCUGUAAGGAUCGGCUUCAUCUGCAGGGGCAAACCAUGCAGGAUCCCUUUGGAGAGAGGCGGGGUCAUUUUGAUUACCAGACCUUAUUGAGUCGGCUGCAGGUCAUUAGACAACGGUUGAAAAAGAAAAACGAAGAGGACGCGGUGGAAGCCGAGUCUGACAGCAGUUCUUCAGGAAACGAGCAAGACAGUCAAGGUGCCUGCCAUCCCUAGGAAACAAGCUCCGGGACAGGCCCCGUCUCUGAUGGUGAGGACCCAAAGGAAAUUGUGGGCUGAAGCUGCCAUCCAGGAGUGAGACUGUACAUGUGCUUUUGUAAAUAGACCAAAGAUCUGGGAUCUUUGUGGGCAGCCUGUUUUACUCAGCUUUUGCUUUGUAAUGAUAGCAAGAGGAAAGAAGGGUAGAAUUGCCCUGGUAAGAAUCAUAUAAUUAUAAUUUUUUAAAAAGUUUUUUGCUCUCCGAUGCGUACUCCCUAAUGGCAGGGCACUGCUUUUAUUGUGGAGUGUUGCUCUAUAAUACCUAGAUCACCUGUCAAGGGUGCCUUGUCCUUCUCAGUAUAACCGCCUGUUUGAGACGGUAUGGGCGUUUUGUGUUUUUAUAUACUGCCAUUCACAUGCAGACAAGUCUGUGGUGGCUUCCUCUGGGGUGUGAUUGUUCCGAAUACCUACAGCUUCAAGACCUGCAUUCUGCAGGUACACCAAGGAGAGAGGUAUACUUCCAGGGGUUCCCAAUCUUUUUUAUGCCAUGGACCAAUGCCACUAAGCAAGGGCUCUGUGGAACCCAGGUUGGGAACCCCUGCCUUAGGAGAAAUCUGCAAAAAAGAAAACUCUUCAAAUCAACACGGCAUCAUGUAAUUAUCGACAAGAAAAUUGCCUCUGCACACACUCACAAAUUAAUCCGUGGGAUGUAAAGGCCCUUUGAUCUCACAAAUACAGUUAAAUACUUAUUAAAUACAAGAUGAGUAAGACAAAAUACAAAAUCAGAAUAGUACAGCACAGAAACAGGCCCUUCGGCCCACCUAGUCUGUGCUGAACCAUUUAAACUGCCUGGUCCCUUUGACCUGCACCUGGACCAGAGCCUCCAUACCCCCUCCCAUCCACGUACCUAUCCAAACUUCUCUUCAAUGUUGAAAUUGAAAUGGCAUCCACACUCACGCUGCCAGCUCAUUUCACGCUCACCACUUUCUGGGUGAAGAAGUUUCCCCACGCAUGUAAUGGAAUUUCCACUUGCAUGCAUCGAUGUUAGUGACACUUGAUUGUCCUCUGAAUGGCGCCACAGUGCUCUGGUGGGUAGUGCAAUGCUGUUACAGCUCGCGACGUCAGAGUUCGGAGUUCACUUGCAGCAUCCUCUGUAAGAAAGUUUGUAGGCUCUUCCUGUCUGCCUGUGGGUUUCCUCCGGGUGCUCAGAUUCCCUCCCACAGUGCAAAGACGUACUAGUGAGUAGGUUCAUUGGUCCUGUGAUUAGGCUAGUGUUGGAUCGGACGGUUGCUGGCUGACGUAGCUCAGUGGUCUGGAAGGACCUGUCCACGCUGUAUCUCUCAAUAAAAAUAAAAAAUAAAAACAUUUACAGCUUCCCCCAUUUUAAACUAUUACAUCAUUCAUAUUUCAUUAUGAAUAGAUUAUUCCCAGAAAUCUCCACAAAUGACCAGUGGUAUAAUUCCUGUUUGCUCUGGUUACUUUCUUACUAAGUCACUAAAAAAAACACAAAUAAGAUGUUAUCAAACUACCCAGAGGUAUGUAUUUUUUAAAGGGAAGCUAUCUGCUGAUGUACAUAACCAAGCACCCAUCCACUUGUGAAAGGUUUAGUCUGACACUCACGGGCAGCUUUAUUCCUGACUUCAAAUUCAGUUUAUUGUCAAUCGGUCGUACACAUGUAUACUGCCAAAUGAAACAAUGUUCCUGUGGACCAAGGGGAAUGGCACAGUACAUAUUAUACACACACACACACACACAGUAAUAUUACCUCAAAUGAAGUAACAAGUAAGGUGCAUUUAUGACACAAGUCAAAAAGUAAACAGUAUAACGGGACUGGUGUUUCAAGGCUGAUGGCAGGGAGUUCAGAAGUCUUAUGGCCUGGGGGAAGAAGCUGGUUUGCAUCCUGACAGUUCCUGUCCUAAAAGCUGCAAUACCUCCUGGUAGAGGGUCAAAAAGAUUGUUGAACGGAGGGAUCAUUGACAAUGCUAAGGACUGGCAACUGUAAAUAUUAAAAAUGAUGAAUUGAUCAUAGUCUAACUUCAAAUCUGACACCUAGUAUUGUUGAUCAACUGUACUGGACACCUGCAGCUUGUCUUGUGGAAUAGCUUGCUCAGUAAUCAGCCGUUACAGCUAUGGGGGUCGGAGUUCAGAGUUCAAUUCCGGUGUCCUCUGUAAGGAAGUGUGUGUGUGUGGGCUCCUACGGGUGUACAGUCCAAAGACGUAUCAGUUAAAUAUUCUACCUGAUUUGUCUGUUUCAUUAUGUAUUUAUAAGGCAGGUGAUAGCUGUCUAGUUCUCUAGAUCAUAUUUGAAGAUUGCGUGUUUGUGACCAAGUCCUGAAGCACGGUAUAUCACAUUUCAUUUUCUCUAAGUAAUAUCUCGAAUAUUCAAUGAGCCAGCUCCCUGGAAUGGAGCUGUACAGACCAGAAAAUGCAAAAUAUUAGAAAUACUCGGUUAGGCAGCAUUUGUGAAGAAAGAAACUGGGUUACUAGUUCCGUUCUUACACAGCAAAACUUUUCCCUACAGGUCAAAGGUGGCCGGGUCCUGAUUCAUUAGUGUCCAUUGGGUUAGCAGAUUCCUAAGUGUCACCUUGACUUGCUGCCAUUUAUCGGGGGGAGGAGGAGAGAAACAUUCACCAAGCUGCCUUUGUUCCUGAUAAGUACUCAAAAGUCCUUUUUGGGAAGUGCUGGAGGAUGAGUCCGGGUGUGGUGAACAUCCUCAGUCAACCAGCCUGCGAUUUCCCCCACUGGGAAAGGCAUCUUGGGGAAGGAUGCUUCUGCCACUUGGCAGCUACCCAACAAAGAGUUGGGUGCUCCGAUAGAAGCUAACUUUGGAAGUGUGCUUGGUUGCUAUGUCACGCGCAUUAUUUCCACAUCUUUUAAAGAGGCCAGAAACUAUAUCCAUAAGUAAUGAUCGCAGAUGUUAAGCACUUUUAAAUAGACUGUAUGAUGCAAUUAAUACUGGAGGCCAGUGUGAGAUUUGCUGUUCUAAGCAAAUUCAUUGGGUAGAUACAGUACUUUGCAAAAGUCUGAGGCACAUAUAUAUCGCUAGGGUGCCUAAGACUUUUGCACAGUACUGUAUUUGUCAAUAUGGAGCAGACAGCGAGUUUGUAAAUCUGGUGGGAGGAAAGGAUGUUGGGAAUGGUGAGGGUCGGGUGCCACGGGAGGGGUGUGGGACAGGUGGCAGAGAAGGAGUGUCAGGGGCGGGGGCAGACACACCCAGCCCUGAGACACCAGGCAAGGUAAUUUGAUUCCAAACAAUUGGUUUAUUGAUCAUUACAGAAUGUCUCUCUGGUGUUUCCCACUCCCUCCCCUCUCCCUUCCCCUUUUCCCAACCAUGAUUCCCCUCUCCCUUCCCCUUUUCCCAACCAUGAUUCCCCUCUCCCUCCCCCUUUUCCCAACCAUGAUUCCCCUCUCCCUUCUCCUUUUCCCAACCACGAUUCCCCUCUCCCUUCCCCUUUUCCCAACCAUGAUUCCCCUCUCCCUUCCCCUUUUCCCAACCAUGAUUCUCCUCUCCCUUCCCCUUUUCCCAACCAUGAUUCCCCUCUCCCUUCCCCUUUCCCCAACCACGAUUCCCCUCUCCCUUCCCCUUUUCCCAACCAUGAUUCCCCUCUCCUUACCCCCCACCCCCUUCCCACUCAGUCCACAAUACAGACCCGUAUCAGAAUCAGGUUUAUCAUCACUCACACGUCAUGAAAUUUGUUUUUUUUGAGCCAACAGUACAGUGUAAUAUAUAAAAUGACAACAGUACACUUCAAAAGUCUUGUUCUCACGCACGCACGCACGCACACGCACGCACACACUGAGGGGUCCGAGGAUGCCAGGUUGGAAACUCCUGCUCUCGGAUGAACAACACCUGACAUCAGUCAGACCACCCGAGUGGCUUAGUUUUAGUGUAAUGUCCCGCGACCCUUUAUUCGCCAGUACUGCUGCAAAACAGUUCAGGCAACAUGCAUUCCUCUGGUGUCAUUUAAAAUCUGUUUUGCAUCCUGCACAGACAACACAGUACAACAUUGUACCACAAAGAAAGAUAGGGUCAUGAAAACCAUUGUGCAGUUCAUAGCUUGGCUUACUUUGCACAAAUGUGCAAAUACUGCACUGCUACAAAUGGAGGGGAACCCCUUUCUUGUGGAAUGGAAGCUUCACAGCCCAGAACUAGGAGGAGAAUUAGGCCAUUCAGCCUGUUGCCAUUCCAUCAUGCCUGAUUUUAUAUAUAGGAACCCCUGGGCUAAAAAAUUUCCUCCUCAUUUCUGUCCUAAAAGGACAUCCUUCUAUUCUGAGGCUGUGCCAUCAGGUCCCAGACUCUCCCACUAUAUGAGUGCCCCAUGUCCACUCUAUUUAACCAUUUUGAUAUUUGUUUCAAGGCAAAUAUUGACUUGGCCAUGCAUAUUCUCUGAAUGUGAAGCACGUUUGCCCCUCCAAGUUAGAGCCACCCAUACAUUAAGACAAAAUUUCUCAAAGACGCUAUUGCUGAACAGAACGAGUGUUGGAACUGUUUUAUUUGGUCCAUUACUAGAUGAACUUGUUUAAUGACCUAUCCACCAGAGCCCUGGCCGUUUGGGAUGAUUGUUGGACUGUGAAUGAAAGGAUAAUCUGCUCUCCCGUUUACUGAGUUUGUGGCUCAUCUGUUCAUUUCGGGUAGUAACUUGUCAAACUGGAAUUGUAUUGAAAGCUGUCAUUCUGUGAUUAGCUGCCAAGCUGAUUUUUCUACCCAAAGGCUUACAUGAAUAAUAACUGCUACCAGAAUGGAAAGUAUCAGAAAAGCAUUGCACCAAUGGGCUACUCAUUGACAAGGAAUGCAUUGCAAAGAUGUUAUUAGUGGGAGUCAGCCUAAAAGCUAUUACUGUACAUUCACUAGGAUACCAUUGAAGCAUACUGGUUGGGAUCCAACCAAAAAAAGCACUGAUUAAAUCAUUACUGAAUUUUCUCCUUUCCUGCGGGUUGGAAGCUAGAUCUCUUUUACAUGGGCAGGGAAACCUCAAAUCUGUUUCUGGUCAGAAAGGAUUCUCCCACAGAGGAUUAAUCUGUCACCUGUGUUUAGCUUUGUUUGAGCAAUGCCUGCAAUAAUCCAAUGCCUUUUGUUUCAACUGUUUUAUGGUUAAACCCAAUUUUUUAUUUUUCUUUGUUAGUUAGUAUUUGACUGUAUGGUCUACACUUGAGUGAGUGAAUAUGAGCUGACACUGGCCAACCAGAGCAGAAGAUUCUAAUUUUUGGAGGUGAUGAGUUGGUUCUGACGACUUUAGUUAGUCUUCCCGACCCACUCAUCAUCCACUGGCACCCAAAAUGCUUGUAUGUUGGCCUAUAAUAGGCACUUUACCGUCUCCGCUUUUGGCCAAGUAAUCUGCACGUCACUACAGGAACAUGUGAGCCAUUUGCAGGAGGUUUUGGAUGGGGGGGGGUUGGGUGCAAGUGUCCACGAACCAUACCUCAUCAAAGAAUUAGGAAAGAAAAUAUCAGAGUUGAGAACUUUUUUAUAUAUAUAAAAAAAAUACAUCUGCUUGCAUCACCUUUUGUAAAUUUAAACACUGGUGUCCUUCAGCCUUGGCUUUGAAUGUUAGUCACACCUCAAUGCCGCAAUGCCUUGGUCAGCAGACCUGGACUAUAUGGGAGGUUUCUGUUCUCAAAAAUACCAGACAGUGCAGCACUAGUUUUGGCCUCCAGUUGGCUUCCUUUUCUGGUGGAAAACUCUACCAAGUAGAGUAAUAAUUCAGCUUGACGUGCUGUGGAAGUUUGAAUGUGAACUUUUGUUUGUCAUCAGUGAGCUAGGACUUUAUCCAAGGCAACAUGAGGGAAGUGAAUAAUGUUUAAUCAUGGGCUAGAAGGACAAUCCAGUGAUGCUGAUCAGGCUGGGCAAUGAUACCGAUUGUGCAAGACUGUCCAAUCAUGGUUAAAGACUAAUAUGCAAACUAUGUAAAAGCACUGAUGUUUAUUUGUUUCAUAUUGUACAUAAGCAACAAAUGAAUCUUUUGGUGCAAUAAAAUUUGCUAAUAGCAGAAAAUUUACACAACUGCGUGGCUUCAUUCUCUGUGGGAUGUGUACGAGUCAUAUUACUGUCAAUGGUUGAAAUCUCAGCAUCAUCACCAUCAUUAUGUGCCAUGUCAUAUUGAUGUGGGUGAUCAUGGUCUCAUGGUUAUGAUUAUUCUGGACAAAUUUUUCAAUAGAAGUGGUUUCCAUUGCUGCCUUCUGGGCAGUGUCUUUACAAGAUGGGUGACCCCAGCCAUUAUCAAUACCCUUCAGAGAUUGCCUGGCGUCAGUGGUCGCGUAACCAGGACUUGUGAUCUGCACCGGCUGCUCGUACGACCAUCCACCACCUGCUCCCACGGUUUCACCUGACCCUGAUCGGAUCGGUGGGCUAAGCAGGUGCUACACCUUGCCCAAGGGUGACC